AUGGAUCACGAAACCAUCACCAUUCAUAAUCCUGUUGAAGGAUUUGUACAUGAGUAUGCUCCGAGAUUGACUGCUUUUGAGUUCAAGAAUAAGGAGGUUCAGUCAAAGAAGGUUGUCCUUUUUAUUGGUGGCUUAACGGAUGGCCUGCUGACUGUGCCUUACCUCCCAGACUUGUCUGCUGGCUUAGACAAAAUUGGAUGGACACUUGUUCAAAUUCACUUCACAUCCUCGUACAUGGGAUGGGGAACUGGAUCCCUAGAGAGGGACGCCUAUGAAAUCAGUUUGCUUGUUGAGUAUCUUCGGUCCGAAAGAGGGGGUUCCAGAGAAAAGGUUGUUCUCAUGGGGCAUUCGACAGGCUGUCAGGAUACGAUUCAAUAUCUUGCUAAAUAUGGCCCCAAGGAACCUGCAAAACAAGUGGAAGGUGGAAUUUUGCAGGCUGCCGUCUCAGACAGAGAGGCAAUUUUCCACGAACUGCAAAAGCAAGGAAAAGGUUGGGAAGAGUUAGAGGAGCUGAAUGCUCUGGCACGCAACUAUGUGAGCGAGGGCCGGGAAUACGAGCUUCUUCCUAAAAAGUACUCAGAUCUUUUCUUGGGAGCUCCCAUCAAUGCCUACAGAUGGCUUUCUCUCGCAACGAAAUUAGGUGACGACGAUUUCUUCUCUUCUGAUCUCACCUUAAGGGAUAAUAAGAAAACCUUUGGAAUGGUUACGCGCCCCAUCAUGGUGCUUAACUCUGAGAAAGACCAGUUUUACCCAGAUUAUGUGGAUAAGCAAGCCUUGAUGAAUCAAUGGAAGUUAGCGACUCCUGAUAAAUUCUGGUCUCCACAUUCUGGUCUAAUUCCUGGUGCACUCCACAACAUAGGCCCUGGGUCUGCUCCAGGCGCUGUGGCAUGGACUGUCGAUAGAGUGUGUAAAUUUUGUACGGAUAUCGAAUAA